CUACAAAUAUCGGUGAUAAUGACAACAAGAGGACCUUAGUAAUAUUCCCUCAAUACAAUAGCUUCACUUAUCUAAAUAAAUAGCCGUCAAAUUGGACGUAUAGAUAGCCGACGUAUUUACCGCUGGAGUUAUUCGCUGCCCGGCUUCGGACUAGCAAGAUGUCAUACAAAGUGCAGAAGAUCACCGACCCCCUGGUCCUUGGCGAGGGACCCCACUGGGACGAACGUGCGCAGGCGCUGUAUUUCGUCAGCAUUCACGAGCAAACCAUACAUAAAUACGUUCCAGAAACCGGGGAACAUACCAAAACUAAAGUCAACGGUCGGGUAGGUUUCAUCGUGCCCGUAGAAGGCAAGACAGACCAGUUUGUGGUCGGAGUGGAACGGAAGUUCAUCAUCAUACAAUGGGACGGGAAAAACAACAGCCAGGCCAAGGUUGUCCGGGAACUCUUCGAGGUGGACCAGCAGACGAAGAACAGGAUCAAUGAUGGGAAGGCUGACCCCAGGGGGAGACUGUUUGCGGGAACCAUGGGCCACGAGGAUCCCCCUGGCCAAUUCGUCCUGGAAUCAGGAUCAUUAUUCCGCCUGGACGGAGCCAAGAAGAUCACGACUCUGGUCAACCGCGUGGGCAUAUCCAACGGCCUGGCCUGGGACGAGACCAACAGGGCCAUGUAUUACGUGGACUCCCUGGACAAAAAUAUCAGGAGAUUCGAUUGGAAUCCUGAGACUGGUGAUAUUUCAAACAACAAAUCCGUUCUCGACUUCACCAAAACCGGUCUUCCCGGUCUCUUAGAUGGCGGCACCAUCGACACCGACGGAAACCUCUGGUGGGCGAUCUUCGAAGGCUCUUGCAUCGUCAAAGUGAAUCCCAACACUGGAAAAAUCAUACUAAAAAUCGACAUCCCAGCCAAGCAAGUAACUUCAUGCACUUUUGGCGGGCCAAAUUAUGACAUUUUAUUUGUUACAACUGCCAGUAUGACAAUAACGGAAGAACAGAAGCCACCGUGUGGAUCUGUCUUUAUGGUUACCGGCCUUGGGGUGAAAGGGUAUCCGAAUGUGAAUUUCAAACUUUAACAUGGCAACACUUUUGUUUCAAAUUUCGAACAUUUCAAAAUAUUUUAAAUAACGAAUACAAAAAAAAAAUUAAAGCGUUAUUAAACUAUUAAAUUAAUAAAAAUAAAGUUCCAAUGAGUUUUUACCUAAAAUGUUUUACCUUAAGUAGGUACCUACGUAGUUUUAUAUCUUUAAUAUCGUUAAGUUAAAUUUUCCAUCUGCAGUGUUCGUCAUUAGAUUAUUACGAUUAGAUCUAUGAUGUCUAUGAAAUAAGACACCUCUAUCAAUCUUUCUGAUUUUUGAUAACUACUUACGUGUAUCAAAUUUAUUGAUAAAUAUACAUUUGAAUUAACACGCUCAUCGCGUGUGGAUGAUAGUAAGGUAGGUACUAUACACAAAUAACUAAAAGAGAAAAUUACAUUUAUAAUUUUGGCAUAAGUAUUUUAGAACGAAAGAUUUAAAAAAUCUUGCUGCUGCAUUGGCAAAAGUACCUAGUGUAUAAAAAAAAUGCCAUUCUUUCACCAAACUUUAAAUAUUUCCAUUAAAACCUAAACCAAAGGUAUCUAUUAUUUUCUUCAAAUUUGUGUUAUGUGUAAUAUUUAUAUUUUUAGCUUGAGAUCUUGCAGUCGUUUUGAAAAUGUAUACUAUAUAUCCUAUUUUUUUGGAAAUGUAACGAUUUUAUAUUUUACUUUAUUGUUUAUACCUAUACAAGUGAAGUUAGAUAAUAUAAUCAUGUAAUUAUUA